AUGUGCCUGGUCAAGGAACAGAGCUUGUUGUCUCCCCAGAGUGAACUGCUGUCCGUGAUUGGACAAUCGGAAAACGCAACCUUUCGCCUGGGCGCACCCCAAGAACUAUUGAAACGCCACCCGAAGCAUCAGGUCAUGGGCCACAACAGCAGUAAAGUUGCCGACCAGGAUCUUACGCCACCUUGA